AUGGUUGUUUUGGAAGGGGGAAAAGACAGCCUUACAAACGCCAUCAGACAAGAGCCCCAAUGCCUACCAUAUUCGACAUACAUAAGAAAUAGGCCCAUUCCUGUGUGGAGAACAGCGAGAGAAAGGGAGAAGCAACGGCAGACAAAAGAGCUUGGGUUGGAGGUCGGCAUUGGGAUUUUGGAAACUUGGGUUCGAGUUUUUACACCAAAUGGCAAAAUAGGAGACAAUGAAAAGCAGCAGCAGAAAGAGGGGCAAGUGGCCAGACAGAGGUGGGUUGGAGUCUGCCAGAGCACCCGAAGAGAUAGGGCAGUUGCUCUGUGGACAAAAUUGGAAAAUCAGAGGAUGGCUAAUGAAGGAAAAGGAGAGGUGCACAAUGCAUUGGUUUAUGAUGCCUUAUCUACAGUAACCCCACACAAGCUCUGCAUAUCCAAUUGUCCAUAUAGAAUUAUGGACGAUGAUUCCACACUGUGA